GAUGUCCAAGAAUAAUUCUUCUUACCUUCUAUCUUUGUGACCUCAAACGUUUAGGAUGAGAUGUUGGCAACCGAAGUGAUGUUUGCCGGCUUUUUGUUUCAUCCUACAAUUUCCAAUGUGUUUGUGUGUUGUGUUGUGUUCAGUUUUCGAUCUUUAAGAACUUUUGGACUACUUUGCUUUCAUCUUUAUAUUUUUUCAUUGAUUGUUUGGAGUCCAGGUAAAGUCCUGGAUCUAGGACUCUAGUUCCGGGCGCACCUCCCCUCGCCGCCCAGGAGGAUGUCGUCGGAGGAGCUGCCGGGGCCGGUCGCGCCCCCGGACCGCCUGUUCGCGGCCGACCGGCCCAAGAACGGGCGCGCCAAGUGCAAGCGUUGCAAGGAGCCGGUGGAGGCGGGCAAGCUGCGCAUCGCCAAGAUCGUGCCCAACGCCUUCAGCGCCUCGGGCGGCUGGGCCAAGCAGUGGUUCCACCCGGCCUGCCUGUGGGAGGCCUUCUCCAAGCAGCGGCCCAGCACCAAGAAGAUCGAGGACCCGGAGGGCGACAUCGAGGGCUGGGAGGACCUCAUCCAGGAGGACAUGGACGAGAUCGUCGCCUACCUCAGGAGCACGGGCGCCAACCCGCCGUCGCCGCGGGCGACGCGCAAGGAGGGCGACGCUACCCCGAAAGCGAAGAAGCCGCGGGCCAAGAAGGAGGUCAAGGAGGCAAAGCCGGUGACCCCGCCGCCGCCACCGCCGCCGAGCAAGGACGACUACUUCAGGGCCUUCCGCAAACUCUGCGUCGACCUGAGCGCAGAGCCCAGCUACCUCGCCAAGACGGCGCUCGUCACCAAAGUGUUCACCGAGGGGACCGACGGCGGUGGCUUCAAGGGCGACCUGGAGGUGUGGACGCGCCUGCUGCUGCCCAUGGUGGAAAAGCGCAUCUACAACCUGCAGAGCAAGCAGCUCGUCAAGCUCUUCAGCAAGAUCUUCGAAACGGACGAAGACGCCAUGCUGGAGGACCUGACGCAGGGCGACGUCGCCGAGACCAUCAAGAUCUUCUUCGACCAGUCAAAGUCGUUCAAGCCGACCGGCAAGAGCAACAUCCUGAUCGCCGAGGUGGACGAGUUUCUCGAGAAGCUGGCGACUAUGACUCGCGAGGAGGAGCAGUCCUACCACCUCAAGCAGGUGGCCAAGAAGUGUACGUCAAACGACCUGAAGAUGAUCAUCCGCCUCGUGAAACACGACCUCCGGAUCAACGCGGGGCCCAAGCACAUCCUGGCCGCCAUCCACCCGGACGCGUACGCGGCCUUCCAGACCUCCCGGGACCUCCGCGCCGUGGUGCGGAAGGCCUUGCUCGACAAGGGGCAGCCGUCGUCGGCGUCGUCGUCGGGCGCCUCCGCCUCCGGCGCCUCGGGCUCGGGCUCCUUCAGCAUCUCCAUCAGCCUCUUGACGCCCGUCCUGCCCAUGCUGGCCGAGGCGUGCAAGUCGGUGGAGCAGGCCAUGAAGAAGUGCCCCAACGGCAUGUACUCCGAGAUCAAGUACGACGGCGAGCGCGUGCAGGUGCACAAGCAAGGCGACGAGUUCAAGUACUACUCGCGAGCGCUCAAGCCCGUGCUCGCGCACAAGGUGAACCACUUCAAGCAGUACAUCCCUGACGCGUUCCCCAGUGGCGAGGACCUGAUCCUGGACAGCGAGAUCCUCCUCAUCGACAACAAGACGGGCAAGCCCCUUCCCUUCGGCUCACUUGGGGUGCACAAGCAAUCCGCUUUUCAAGACGCGAAUGUUUGCCUUUUCGUCUUCGACUGUAUGUUUUACAACGGGGAGUCCCUCUUGCACAAGACCAUGAAGCAGAGGCGAAAAAUCCUGGAAAAAGUGAUGGUGGAGAUACCGAAUCGAAUCUUGUUUUCAGAGCAGAAAGAAAUCCACCGCCCCGAGGACUUGACGGCCAUGAUGGAGAAGGUGUUCCGCCUGGGGCUGGAGGGACUGGUGCUCAAGGACCUGCAGGGCCCGUACGAGCCGGGCAAGCGCCACUGGCUCAAGGUGAAGAAGGACUACCUCUUCGGCGGCGCCAUGGCCGACACGGCCGACCUGGUGGUGCUCGGAGCGUUCUACGGCACGGGCCAGAAGGGCGGCAUGAUGUCCAUCUUCCUCAUGGGCUGCUACGACCCGGCGACGCGCCGCUGGUGCACCGUGACCAAGGUCCACGGCGGCCACGACGACGAGACGCUGGCGCGGCUGCAGACGGAGCUCAAGAUGGUCAAGAUACACAAGGACCCGGGCAAGAUCCCGGACUGGCUCAAGGCCAACAAGCAGAUGUACCCGGACUUCGUGGCCGUCGACCCCAAGGACACGCAGGUGUGGGAGAUCACGGGCGCCGAGUUCACGCAGACCGAGGUGCACACGGCGGACGGCAUCUCGGUGCGCUUCCCUCGCGUCACGCGCAUCCGCGACGACAAGACCUGGGAGCAGGCCACCUCGCUGCCGGAGCUCAGGGCACUGUUCAAGAAGUCUAAGGAGACGGCCGACUUCUCCCUUUCCGCGAUGGCAGGUGCCAGCGGUAGCAUGAGUAGCAGUAGCGCGUCGCCGUCCAAGACCACGUCGCCGAGGAAGGCCUCGCCGCAAAAGACGUCGCCGAGGAAGACAACGACGAAGGAGGCGCAGAAGCGGCCGCGGUCGGACUCGAACUCACCGGAAAGGGCAAAGAAGUCGGGGCCUUCCAAGCCGCUGCCCGACGUGUUCCUGGGGAUCACCAUGAGGGCACCGCCCUUCAUGGAUCGUGACUCCGAGUUCAAUCUACGGAGAUACAUCGUCGCGUACGGCGGCAAUCUCAUCGCGCGUCACUCGAAAGAGUUGGCCGUGUUCACCCUCCAUUCGUCUGACGAGACUUUCUCCGGCGUGAGCGACGAGGGCCUCGACGUGGACGUCGAGUGGGUGUGGGACUGCAUCCGGAAGGGGGAGCUCCUGCCCGCGCAGCGCUACACCACCUACGGCUACCGCGGGGGCUACAAGGGCUACCGGGGCCGGACCCCGGACUCGGACGAGUCCAACGGGCUCAUGGACUUCUACUGAAUGGCUGGCCCUGCUGCACGUGCACAGUCCUUCGCGCGGGACAACCAUGUUGCGCAACCCUCUCCCAACCUUCUCUCCCAAUAUAGCCUUCUCUCCCAAUAUCCUUCUCUCCCGACCUUCUUUCCCUAUAGCCUUCUCUCCCAAUUCUCCCCCCCCCCCAAAAAAAAACACCUCGUUUUACUGGGUUUUGCAAAUUCCAAUCAGAUUGUGAAUUUUUGCUCCCACUCAAUGUGGAGAAAUAUGCAUGCUGCGUUCUUUUGUAAAUAUGGGGUAGCUGCAGCUACAUGUGCGCUGAGUAUUUUUGGCUGUUUCUUCUACCGGUGUGUUCUUUUGAACUGCCGUCCUAGCUGUAAGGUACUCGUUUAUUGAACGGUACAAAAGAUGAUUACAAGACUGAUACCACUAUGAAA